AUGAAUUUCGUUUAUGAUCUACGUUACAUAGUUGUAACAAUUGGUGCUAUGAAGGUGCUUACUAUUUCAUUUAUGAUGACUUUAUUUUGGGUUUAUGUCCAAUUAGGUGCACGUCAACGAAAUCGAAUAGUUCAACCAUUUACUGAAAUGCCGAGUAAUCAAAUAAAAAUGUAUCCAUCCAGUACAUCAGAUAAUUAUCCAUCAAAUACAUUCGUAAUACCACCAACGUAUCAAAAUAGUAUACCAAGCAAUAAAUAA